AAGGUUAAAAGGCAGUGUUGAAAUUGGUUGUGAAGUGAACUCGGACCCUCUGGGAGAGCACCGAAAAGUACAUUGUAAAGUCAAGAAAGUGUCUAUUAACAAUUCCCUCUGAGAAUUAAUACGGGACUGUUUCUUCGGAAGGAACGUAUUUGGGUAAUCACACACUGGCUACGCAUGCGUACGCCAUUACAGCUUGCCUGCGUCAGCAUUUCCACAUCCUCAAGACUAAGUGACUUAGAUUCUGCAGCUAAAGUGAAACCUAUUUGACAAGUACAUUUGGAUUAACACAUAUUUAUGGUCACUAGAUUGUUUUACAUCAUGGAUGCUUCUGUAAAUCAAACUUUUCUCAACAUUGAGUCAGUAUUGUUAUGAUUACCAUCCUUACUAAACUUUAUCAAGAUCUUUUGAAAUGAGUUUCUUUCCAAGUCUCCGGAAGAAACUUUCUAUUUUAUUUAUUAACAACAAAAAAAGAUCAGUUUUAAAACCUUCAGCCUCAAGUAAUUCUGUUUCGGAUAUCUACUGCAACUGUUGUGAAGAAAAGUUAAACACAUCUGCUCAGAAAAUUCUUCGUUUGUAUCAAAUUCCAUUAUUGAAUUCUUAGUUUCAUUUUGAUAUUCUUAGAUUCUUGAUAACCAAGUUUGGCUUAUUGAUUUUCUAACAUUUUUUUUUGUCCCUAACUGUAAUGUUUAUUUAUUAAGCCACAUUAAUUGCAAUUUAAAACUUCUUUUAUUUAUUAAUAUUUUCCAAAAUUAUAUUCAUAAACCUAUUCCAUUUCGAAAGAAUUGCAGACUUGCUCCCAUCUUUUUUUAUCAAAUUAAGGAACUAAAUUAUUGUUUGUAAUAUAGUAAAUAAAACUAAAUACCAAAUAAUGGAAAUACAAACUGCUGACAAACAGCAAGCACAGGCUCAAUUUACAUGGGAGGCUUGCAACACUGCAUUUGCCUACCCAACAAUAUUACAGGAAGCUGUUACCACAGCAACCACCACAGCUGGAUCAGCAGGAACAACAAUUGCUACAAUUGCAGUUUCAUCUGCAGCAGCAGUUAACAACAAUGUAAUAUCACCAACUGAUGAUACUGAAAAUGUAGCUUCAACUGAUAACGAACAACAACAACAGCAACAGCAGCAGCAGCAACAACAACAACAACAGCAACAACAACAGCAGCAGCAACAACAUCGACCAUUUGAAUGUGAAUAUUGCCAAAAAACUUUUUCCAAGAAUUCCAACCUAACUUCUCACCGGCGAUUGCAUACUGGAGAAAGACCUUUUGUUUGUGAUUUUUGCAAAAAAACAUUUGCAAAAUCGUGGAACCUAACUUCCCAUCGUCGCAUUCACACAGGUGAGCGCCCUUACCACUGCGAAACAUGUCACAAGGCCUUUGCCAAGUCUUGGAAUCUUACUAAUCAUAGACGGACGCACACAGGUGAGAGGCCGUAUGGCUGCAAGUACUGUGCCAAAUCCUUUUCUCAUUCCUCCAACUUGACCUCACACAUCAGGUCACACACUGGAGACAAACCUUUUUCCUGCCACAUCUGUAAGAAAAAGUUUACAUUUGCGUCUCAACUAGGCCAGCACUUUCGCAGUCACAGUGACAACCGACCUUAUACCUGCGAGACAUGUCACAAGGCUUUUGCUGAUCAAGGAGUACUUGCCAAACAUCGGAAGAAACAUGCCAACACAAGUGUUACAACCACAGUUAACAUGUCUGAUGGUUCCAUCACCACUACAGAUGCUACCCAGCUGCAACUUCUGUGCAUAUGUGAGUUCUGUAAGAAGACGUUUGUUGAUGCUGCAUCGCUGUUGGUACACAAAAGCCAGAAACACAGCAAUGUUGAGAAAGCUUACCAAUGCCAGUAUUGCACAGAAACUUUCAACAACGCCAACAGCCUCAAUUGGCACUUGCGUAACCAUACUACACUUGUCACCACUACUAACAGUACACCUACCCUUGUAACAGCUGGUGACAGCAAUAAAGUAGCAGUCGCAGUUGCAGCAGCAGCAGCUGCAGCUGCAGGUGGUGCAAACAGUUCUGGCAACCCUGUAGCUGCCAUAGCUGCCUUCAGCUGUGAGUAUUGCCGUAAGACAUUCACUCGCUCAGACAGUCUUACUGUUCACAUUCGAACUCAUAGCACAGGAAAUGGAGCUGAAAUACCAACGAUUAGCUGUGACGUGUGCAAUAAAACACUGCUAAACCAGAGCAACAAUGCCAGACCAACCUCAACAACUACAAUCCUUAACUGUCAAAGCCAGGCAGUUCCAGAUGUGAAACCUAUCAUCAGAGUUGUGGAUCAAGAAGAAAAGCCCUCAAUUGAGUAUAUGCCAGCUAUCGAAAGAAAAGUCGAGAUUGUUGAACAAGCCAAUAGCUAUGAUGGCCACAGCCAAGAUGGUAUGUCCAUGGAGCAAAACAUACAUGCUUACGCAACUGCCAUUGAGCAACAACACCAACAACAGCAAGUGACCCAAGUGGUCACCUUUGAAAAUAGCAAUGCCAUUUUUACUCAUACUGAUUUACAGGUCCAUUUCCCUCAAAAUCAUGCGACAACACAAACCUCAUCAGACCAAACAGUCAUAUCUCAGGAAGACAUUUGCUUCAAGGCAUGAGUUCUGAUUCAAAAAUACUUCCCUUCUCACUACUGCCCAUUUUUUAAAAAGCACACACACACAUACAUACACACAUGUGCACACAGCACACCUCCCUGCCAUUUCAUAUGUUUGUGGAAUGAAUUUGAUACAAUAUAGAAGGAUAAAUUGAUCACCAGCGGGACCUACCGUAAAAUGUUUUCUGAAAAUUCUUUCUUAUUGCUCUAACAUCACUUUACCAUCUUGAGGGUCUAUGUCUGAGUCUGACUUGUUGUAAUUUGUAUUGACUCUCUUUCUUCAUGCUGUUGUGUCUGACCACCACUAACUUGUUAUUGGGGAUGUAGCUAUUAAACCUAUCAAUUUUGUCUUCAGACAGAGGUCAACAUCUACCAUUCUUCAGGAUGUGGCCAUCUCUUUCUUUCCCCAUCCCCAUUUUGUUUUCAGUAAGUAUCGACUCCACUUGCUGAUGUUAUUCAAGGGCAGAAAGUCAGUUGACAGAAGAGAGUAGGACAUCUAAAUACCUUUUUGUAUUUAGGCUUUUUUUUAUUUUUAUUUUGUUUCUCAUUCUACAUUCUGAAUACAAGCCCUCUGCCAGUAUCAAAUAAGCCUUUCAUUUUCUUAGUGAGGUCAAUACAAUUCCAAAACAAUCUAGUAGUACUACCAGUGUUGGUUCAAAUGACUGUGCCCCCCUCUUCCCAACAUUGGCUUGGUUGUGUCUCAUAAAAAAAACAUCAGUCAAGGAUAGCAUGAAGUAGUAAAUGGAUUGUGUGGGGUAGAGUUAUUUAGAGUAUUGUGGAAACAGGAUUGGUACGGGUGGGUGUUGGGAGGCUAUAUUGCCAGUAGUAACCUCCAGACAAAUGCAUGUUGCAUGUGCAUCUGGGAAGUGGAGGGGGUCAACAUUCUUUCUUUGUAUUGUCCUUUUAUAAUUUACCCACCACCACUACCUGUAAAAUGAUCAAGUAUUUUUGAAUUUCUGAGAGAUGGUGAAGGAAAUGUACAAUAGAGCCAGCUGUGGUAUUUAGUUUUGUCUCUACAUUCUGAGUUCAAAUCUCAUUGGAGUUAACUUUUUCAUCUUUUUGCAGGGAUCAAUAAACAAGAACCUAGUUCAAAGUCAACUGAUAAAGUCAACUUCGCCUUUCAUUCUCAUGGAAUUGAAAAAAAUAAGUCCAAUGUGUAGUAUUGUGCCAAUGUAGGGAAAUCCAUUUUUUUUUCUUAUUAUGAACACCAAGGACAACAGUCAGCAUAAGCCAUGGAAAUUGUUUAUUGGAUAUUUUGAAGAAUGUAAAUUUCAGUGCUUCAUUGUUCAAGUCAACCCAUUCUUAGCUGUGUGUGUAUUUAUAUACACACACAUGCACACUGGUUAAUUCUAGUUGCAAAAAUUCCUUUUGUACCUCAUCAAAAGGAAUUAUAAUUAUUGGCAAAUGUCUUUGUUGUAACCAGUUCAUUUCAUUUUAUCUCUAAUAUUUUAGGAAAGGCAUGCACAUCACAUUUUCUUAUUUCUCUACUCUUGUAAAUCUGAGAUUUUGUACUUAUGCAAAAUAUGUAGAAAUCUUUAUUUCUAAGGAGCAGAAUAGUUAAAAGAACAAAACUUCAGGCAAGAAGUACCACAUACUUGAGUUCAAAUCCCAUUGUCAUUGAAUUCUUUUUUUUUUUUUUUUGUAAUACUAGUAAAGUUCUAAUAACAUGCUGUUAGUGGAUUUAACUUAGCCUUAACCUGAUGCAAUGUUAAGUCCUUAGCGAUCUUAGUUUUGACUUUCUUUUGUCAUUGAAGACUACUUCACUUAGUGCAAAAUAUAGAAAAAAAUUUGAAAGACAAAUUCUAAAAACAUUUGGUUUUCAUGCCUACAAUUACACAUUACAAAUCAUCAUUACUGUCAUCAGUCUCGUUGUUAUUAUUGCAAAUGCAGUUAGAGUAGAUGUUAAAAUCUAGUGAAGUUAAUAUGGGAUUUGUUUCUUAGUCAUUGCUAUUUCAUUUCACUUAAAUUUGUAAUGCCUUAAAAAAUUGAACAUCAUACACUCUCAAUUCACCUUCUCCAUAAAGCUGAUGCUUUGGAUUCAGGUAAGGCUGCUGUUAUUUAUAAUAAUAUUUAGUACUCUGAACUGGUUACACAUUUUUUUGCCUGGUUAAAAAAACUAUUACUAAGUUGUUAUGAAUGGUGCAGUAUGGCUAGAAGUGGUAGAGUAAUGGAAUACAUUUCACUUUUAAGUUCUGUUCUUUUAUAUUUGGGGUUCAAAUCCAGAUGGAGCUUAAUAAAAAUAGAUUCAACCUUGAACUGGAGUUGAUUCAGUUGCCCACUCCUCUCCUCUAUUUGUUUGUGGCCUAGUUACCAGUCUAAGAAAUCCUCAUUAUUAUUUAAAGGAGCUUGGUUGGGGUAAUUAGUAGAUAGAACAAACUAAAUACUAUUUGGUAUUUACUUUCAUUGUUGUAGGUUCCAAUAUCAAAUUCUGCCUGUAUUGACUCUUACAUUUCAUCUCCCCAUAAACAGAAAGGUUUAUUAGUACCAAUGAUAAAUAUAUUUGGAUAAAUUCGAUUAACUUUAGCUCAGCAUCCUAUCCCCAUCUCUUCUGCAAAAUAGGUCUUGUACCUUGUCAAAAGAAAUCAUCUUUGUUUAAUAAAUAUACCAAUUAAUCUUACAGCCAUAUUCACACUUCACUGAUUCACACGGAAUUUUAAUCUCCAACCAAUCUUCCAUAUUAUGUCAAGAAUCCCUUCCUCUUUUGGUGGAUGGAGGACAUCUUCAGUUGUUCUGUUUAUUUAAAACAAUUAGCAAGAAGAUUCCAGACAAGUUCCAAUCAGUAACUGCCUAAGUAAUAACUCUUUGGACUCUGCUGAACUGGUGCUGCUGCCACCACUACCAUGACCACGAACAGCAACAAUACUACUGCAACCACCACACCACUAACGACAACAACACUUGAGCCAUUAUCUAUUUGAAUGAAAUUUAAAUAAACUGUUUGUUCAUACUAA